AUGGCAGACUUCAAAACCGUGUUCACAAAGGAUGCUGCUCCUGCUCUUGGACCAUACUCUCAAGCAAUUGCUACUUCCUCAACAAUUUACUGCAGUGGUCAAAUUCCUUGCACUCCAGAAGGAGAGAUCCUGAGCCAACCAACCUCCUCGAUCUCGCAGAUGACGGAACAAUGCAUCAAGAACCUAUCUGCAGUACUAGAAGCAGCUGGUAGCUCCAUAUCAAAGGUCGUCAAGGUCAAUGUUUUCCUCACGUCGAUGGAUAACUUUGUGGAGAUGAAUGGUGUUUAUGAGAAGUUCUUUACACACAAGCCUGCGAGAAGCUGCGUUGCUGUGUACCAAUUGCCAAAGGGGGUUCCGGUCGAGAUUGAGUGCAUUGCUUUAGCUUGA